GAAGGUGUCACAUUAUCCACCUAUAAAACCACAUGUAACUGACUACUCUUUACGCAACACAACCACACACACACACACAGUAGUGUUUAGUUGAAGGAUAAUUAAUCCCAUCAAAAUUCAAAAACAUGGCCACUGAGGGAACUUCAACAACAAUCCUUCCUGAUCUUCCUGAUAAAUACAGAGUUUUCUUGCAUUUGGAGCCUCCAUCUAUUAGUUGGAGGCAUGGUAAACCCCCAACUUAUGGAAUUGUUAACCAGCUUUUUGAAGAGGGAAGAACCAAGGAAUGGCCAAAAGGAUCCUUAGAAGAAAUAGUUCAAAAUGCUGUCAAAUCAUGGGAAAUGGAGCUUUCCCACAAGAUUAAAUUACAGGAUUUCAACACCAUAAAUCCUCACAAGUUCAAGCUUUUUGUUAAUGGAAGAGAAGGGCUUUCAGGAGAAGAAACACUGAGAAUUGGAAGCUACAAUGCAUUCCUAAAGAGUCCGUUACCAGAGGAAUUUCAAUAUUACAAAGCAGAGGAAGAGACAUUUGAAUCAUCUCACGAUGCAUUUAGGUCUUGUUUUCCAAGAGGAUUUGCAUGGGAAGUUAUUGAAGUUUAUUCACCUCCUCCUUUGAUUGCCUUCAAGUUUAGGCAUUGGGGUUUUUUUGAAGGACCUUUCAAAUCACAUUCCCCAACUGGUGAAUUGGUUCAAUUCUCUGGCUUGGCAACUCUCAAGGUUGAUGAAUCACUGAGGGUUGAAGAAGCUGAAGUGUAUUAUGAUCCAGCUGAGCUAUUUGGAGGUCUUUUGAAGGGAAAAAUUACUGCCUCAGAAUCCCAAACCAAAGACAAUGUGAAAGAAGAUUUAGCAGCUUCAGUUGGCUGCCCAUUCUUCAAACCAAAGGAGUGAUAAGAUGUUAAUGCAACCUUCAAUAAUAAAUUCUAUGUACCAAAUUCCGAAAGGGAAAACUUGGCUUUCCAGAUAGGCUCACACAUCAGAGCAUUAUCUAUUUCUGUUACUUUGUUUAGUAGAUGCAGUAACACAAGUACUAAUAUAAAUCUUCCAUUGCUAUUAAUGAUUAUAUAAGUUAAGCUAGCAGGCUACAACCAACAUAAUUCACAAACUUCAAAAA